AUGAAUCAUAACGAUAUAAGGGGGAAACCAUACAAAUUGCCUGCUUCAUUUUUCAGAUGUGUGCAUUUGAGGCAUCUAUCUCUUGAAGACUGUUUAAUAUCUCAUCCACCAUCCUUCAGAGGUUUUGAAAGGAUAAUUAGCCUGAAGCUAUACAAUGUUACAAUCUUGUACACGUUGCUUGGAAGAUUAAUAUCUCAUUGCCCAUUGCUAGAGCAAUUGGUGCUUCAUCUCCCAGAUAAUUACCGUGGUAUCAUUGAAGUUAAUGCCCCCAUAUUGAAGUCCCUUGACUUCAUAGGCAGAGUAUGGUUUAUCAGUUUAAAAAUUGUUCCUCUUCUGGCACAAUUAUCACUUGCUCUUAGGGGAGGCUAUAUCCUGGAAGCAAAACCUCACUAUACUAGGUUUUUUGAGUCUUUUUGUGCGCUGGAACAUCUCUAUUUGGAUAACCAUAGUGUCAAGUUAUUGGUUGCAGGUGUAGGAGAAGUACCAACUAAUCUUCCCUUUCGUGUUGACUGUGUGAAAAAUCUUUACCUCUUUGAUCUUUAUCUGAGUGAAUUGUAUUCUGUCGCCUGUGCUUUGUGUUUGAUGAGAAGCUUCCCAUAUUUAGAAUAUAUGAAAAUCAAGGUGGAUAAUAAUGGUGUACCUAUAGCACUGGAUAAUAUUGAUUUGGAAGGAAGUUUUGGAGAAACAACAUUCAACAACCUCAGUAUAAUUGUGAUUAGGAGCAUUCGAGGGACAAAUCCUUACAUGCAACUGUUGAAGCUUCUUCUAGCAAAGUCUUCGGCUCUUACGAGAAUCAUAAUCAAGGCAUUGACGUAUGAAGAUUAUGAAAUUCUCAAAUCAGUAAUUGAGCAUUCAGAAUUUAGGUGUGCAUCACCUGACACAGAAGUUGUAUUAAACUACUAG